AUGUCUGUGUCCAAAAAGAAGGACGAGGACAAGGAGAAGAAGUUCCUCGGACGACUUCAGUACAAACUUGACUAUGAUUUCGAUAAGAAUGCGCUCACCGUAGUCAUCGUUCAAGCAGAAGAGCUUCCGGCAAUGGAUCUCGGAGGAACUUCGGAUCCUUAUGUCAAACUGUUUCUUCUUCCGGAAAAGAAGAAGAAGUUUCAGACGAAAGUACAAAGGAAGUCGUUGAAUCCGGUUUUUAACGAGAGUUUCACGUUCAAGAUUCCAUUCAGUGAAAUUGCCGGACAGACAUUGGUGCUGAAUGUCUUUGAUUUUGAUCGUUUUGGAAAACAUGACCAGAUCGGUCAAAUCUCGAUCCCACUGGGAAAAAUCGACUUGGCUGUGUCCAUUGAGAAAACUGAUCUCAUCGAGAGUCCACCUGAGAAUCGUCUCGGAGAAGUUUGUCUGGCUCUUCGAUAUGUUCCAAACAAGAACAAGUUAUCUGUGGUGGUCAUGGAAUGCAAGAAUUUGAAGAAAAUGGACGUGUUGGGAUUAUCAGAUCCUUAUGUAAAAAUCUAUUUGAUGAUGGGUACAAAGCGUUUGGAGAAGAAGAAAACUACAAUCAAAAUGAAGACGUUGAAUCCUUAUUACAAUGAAUCGUUCAGUUUUGAUGUGACACCUGAGAAAAUGAUGAGAGUCCACCUUCAUGUCACAGUAUCCGAUUACGAUCGUGUUGGAUCGAAUGAGAGAAUUGGACAGGUAAUCAUCGGCACUUGUGCCACCGGCGUCGCCCUGAAACAAUGGAAUGAUAUGCUCGCCACACCACGUCGAUCAGUUGCUCAGUGGCACACUUUGGUGCCGUUCAACGACGAUUAA